GUAAAUCACUGCGGACCUUGGGCGUGACACUGCUAGGAAGCUAAUGAUCUCCAGGAAAGAACUGACCGUGAUUUUUUCCAGCAACAGAACACGAUGUAGAACGGGGAGGACAGACCCCCCCAGAUGUCCCGAAGAUGGCAUAGUGACGAAGUCUUCUUCCCAUGGUCAGAGCUUCUUUACCUGAGGGUGCCUGCCCGGGCCCGUGAUGCCGUGUUGAGCCGAAGGGACUUGUCCACCACUUCCCCGAGAACGUCUUUCUCUCCUAAUUCAUGAGCCAGCAGGAUGCGGUCGCCGCGCUUUCAGAACGCUUGCUCAUAGCUGCGUACAAAGGCCAGACGGAGAAUGUGGUUCAGCUCAUCAACAAGGGCGCCAAGGUAGCGGUUACCAAGCAUGGCCGGACGCCCCUGCAUCUUGCUGCCAAUAAGGGCCAUCUCUCUGUGGUCCAGAUCUUGCUGAAGGCUGGCUGUGACCUCGAUGUCCAGGAUGAUGGGGACCAGACCGCCUUGCACCGGGCUACGGUGGUGGGGAACACCGAGGUCAUCGCGGCGCUCAUCCAGGAGGGCUGUGCCCUGGACCGACAGGACAAGGACGGGAACACGGCCCUGCACGAGGCUUCCUGGCACGGUUUCAGCCAGUCAGCCAAGCUGCUUGUUAAAGCUGGAGCCAACGUGCUUGCCAAGAACAAGGCGGGGAACACGGCUCUGCACCUGGCCUGCCAGAACAGCCAUGCCCAGAGCACCCGCGUCCUUCUGCUGGGCGGCUCCCGCGCCGACCUCAAAAAUAACGCAGGCGACACCUGUUUGCACAUCGCUGCACGCUACAACCACUUGUCCAUCAUUAAGCUCCUCCUCAGCGCUUUCUGUUCUGUCCAUGAAAAGAACCAGGCUGGAGACACAGCACUUCAUAUUGCCGCUGCCCUAAAUCACAAGAAGGUGGUUAAAAUCUUGCUGGAAGCCGGAGCAGAUGGGACCAUCGUCAAUAAUGCAGGCCGGACUCCGCUGGAGACUGCCCGCUACCACAAUAAUCCGGAAGUGGCUCUCCUCCUCACCAAAGCGCCCCAGGUCUUGCGCUUCAGUCGUGGGCGAAGCCUGAGGAAAAAGAGAGAGAGGCUCAAGGAAGAGAGGAGAGCUCAGUCUGUGCCGAGAGAUGAGGUGGCCCAAGGCAAGGGAAGUGUCUCAGCAGGAGACACCCACAGCAGUGAACAGGCUGCACCCAGGAAAGAAGAGGCCAGAGAAGAUGUCCUGUCCGCCUCCCCGGAGCCCAGAGCAAAGGACAGCAGACAGAGAAAGUCAAGACCCAAGGUGUCAGCGUUUUCUGACCCCACCCCUCCAGCAGACCAGCAGCCCGGCCAGCAGAAGAACGUGCACGCUCACAAUCACCCUAAAAAGAGGCCCAGGCAUCGCUGCUCGUCCCCGCCCCCGCCGCAUGAGUUCAGAGCCUACCAGCUCUACACGCUGUACCGGGGCAAGGACGGCAAAGUGAUGCAGGCGCCAAUAAAUGGCUGUCGGUGUGAACCCCUGAUCAACAAGCUGGAGAAUCAGCUGGAAGCAACUGUGGAGGAGAUCAAAGCAGAGCUGGUGUCGGUUCAGGAUAAGAUGAAUGUGAAGCUGGGGCACAUGGAGAAUAAGACCCAGCACCAAAUGCGGGUUCUGGACAAGCUGAUGGUGGAGCGGCUCUCGGCGGAGAGGACGGAGUGCCUGAGCCGCCUGCAGCAGCACUGGGACUCGGAGAAGCGCGAGGGGGAGAGACGGCAGAUGUCCUUGGUGGAUGAAUUAAAAACCUGGUGCAUGUUAAAGAUUCAGAAUCUGGAGCUGAAGCUUUCUGGAGAUUCUAGGGCUUCCAGGACUAAGUCCACGCCGUCCACUUGCGAGUCCUCCACAGGUGUGGAUCAGUCAGUGGUGACUGCAGGCCCAGUAGCCGCCUCGGACAGUUCCCCCCAGGUGGUCAGGCCCAAGGACAAGGCCCUCAGCUCCACCGCCACCCACAGACUCCAGCAGCAGGAGCUGUCUUCCUCGGACUGUACGGGCUCCCGACUGAGGAACGUCAAGGUCCAGACAGCCUCGCUCCCCUUGAAAGAGGCAGCCAGAGGCGAUCCACAGGCUGGGCCUUGUGUUGACAGAGGCACCCAGACCAAGAAGUCUGGGAAAAGCGGGCAGACGAGGCACCGAGGCCAGCAGCCAGCAGCCAGCACUGCCGGCGGGCAGCCGCCGCCUCUAGCAGCGGGUGGCGAGCAGAGCGCCCCUCACGGUCGAGACGCCUCCCAGGCGCUGGAGCUCACCCAGUAUUUCUUUGAGGCUGUUUCCACCCAGAUGGAAAAGUGGUAUGAGAGGAAGAUUGAAGAAGCACGAAGCCAAGCCAGUCAGAAAGCCCAGCAAGACAAGGCCACGCUGGAGGAACACAUUAGAAGUUUAGAGGAGGAACUUGCUAAACUAAGGACUAAGGUACAGAAGGAAAACUAGGGCCCACAGUGAAAGAUGGGAGCCUGGUGCACUGCAGUCCCUGGAGUUGCGAAGAGUCGGACACGACCGAGCGACUGAACAAAUUAAAGAACAAAUGGCCUGAGAAAGGAUCCUUGAGGAUUUCCUGUCCUGCAGCUGCAGAAGAGCUAUGUCCAAGGUGUCGGUUAUUGUGCACAUAGCAGAACUUGCCUUUAAAAAAAAAUCAAAACACUAGUUUCUAAAAUGUGCCAGACACACGUUUCCUACGCCCUGAAGUUAUGAAGACUUCAACAAUUAGACUGAAACCAGGGGAAGCGUGCUUGGUUUCAGGUUUCAUUAUAGACUUAAAACCUCAGCCCAAGUUCAUCUGAAGUUCAAAAGCUCAAAUUAAUUAGCCAUGCUAAGAAACUGAAUGAUGUGUAAGCCUAAAUCCUAAUAUUCCCGAUAUGAAAUAAUGUAAUUGAAAAGCAAGAAAAAACAUUCAUCCCUGUGAACUCGAAUCAAGCCGUCAUUCAUAGCAACACAGCUGCUGUGCUUGGACAGAGUCUUUCUGAAGAGCUGUAAUAGACAUGCUGAGGAAUGUCAAGAUCCAGACAGCCUCCCUCAAGUUCAUAGUUCUCAAGAUACUGACAUUUUAACCAAGGGAAAACUCAUCAAACAAAUUUUGAGGAGAAGGAUUUUCACGAUGUCGUAAGAUCCAGUAUAUCUUAAAAUGUUUUGAAAAGUCAGAGUGUAUUUAAAUAAUGAGUUCAUUGGCAUUAUAGCACUGAAAAUGUUUGUUAAUAGUGAACUCAAAUGAGAAAGGUUCAGAUCAUUUGAUCAUGAUGUUUGUAUCUUUCAGCCAAAAUAUAGAAAUACUACAAUCAAUCAUAGUGAUUUUCAAGUGGAUUAAUGGAAAAAACAUUCCCAUAACAAUUAGCUGAAAGUUUUAUAAUCUAAUUCCCAGCCAGAUUAUCUUAGAGUACCUUUCUGAAUUUGAGUUUAUUGGUCUACAUUUUAUAAAGACAGUGUUUCAUUUUGAAUUGAGUUCUGUCAUUGAGGAACCUCAAAAGCUUCCCACUGCUUUGUAGCGACUAUGUCAAGGUAAAUAAUUCAAUAAAUUGACUUAAAUUCUCCAGCAUCAUGGAACCCUAGAUUUUCACUCUGCUCUGUGGGGUGUACAAAGUUGAAAAGUAACAGUAUAUUGAAACUUUCAAUUAUCUUUCAAGCUUCUUGUCCUUUGGACUGUGGCAUUAUGUUCAUCUCCUGAAAAUCCCAUAUAUGCAUAGAAACUUCGAUUCUAUUUCUAUAAACACAGGAACCAAGUACUGUUGUCUGUAAUUUUGAAUAAAGUUUUGC